CCGGCAGCCAAGGACCAUCGUCUCAUCAGACGAAGAAGAAAGGUCUCGCAGCGGUGGAGUGAAAACCCGGCAGCUUAGGACCAUGGUCUCAUCAGACGAAGAAGAAAAAGCUAAGCUGAAGGAUGCCUGUGCUGUUGAACCUGGAAUCAUCAGAGAGGCACCUAAACUCGAGGACAUAAUGAAGAUGUUAUCUGUAAUCGCAAGUAAAAUGCAAACAGUGAAUAUGAACACAGUGACGGUUGCCGAGGAGAAGGGAAAAUGGAACGUCGUUGUAAAGAAAGAGGAAGGAAACGAGAGUGAUGAAUUGGACGAGGAAAAAUAUAAACUCAAGCUCAAUCGUGGGAGUUGCUCGAAGAGCGAUAUAACAAAGGUUGGGAUUGUGGAGUACAUGAGCCAGAGACUGGAUCACUACAUGGAGAUGAACGGAAGAAAAAUCAAGAGCCAGUGCGCAAAGAGGAACAUGAAGUGGGAAAGGAAAGACAAGUGUGCUUGGGAACUAGCGGAGCAAGACACAAACGAAUUCACCAAGCCAGUGCAUGGAGAAACAGGACAUGAGACUGAACCCGAGGAAGAAGAUGAGGAACCAACCUCCGAAGGUGAUGAAGAUGUCGACGAUAACCAAGAGGAGGGUAUGUACCUAGUGUAUGUCUCUGAGAAAGGGGCGACCAUCAAAACACCCCCAGAGAUCGAACACGUCGUUGCUAAGUUCCCUGAUCUGUUUAAGGAGCCUACAGGAGUCGUAGAGAGGGAGAUUGUCCACGCCAUAGAAAUCAUUCCAGGAAGUAAAACCCCAAAGGGAAGGAUCUAUAGGAUGGCUCCAGCCGAGUUGAACGAGCUUCGGCGACAACUGAAAGAGCUUACAGAGAAGGGAUGGAUCCGACCGAGUACUUCCGCCUACGGAUCUCCAGUACUAUUUGUACCAAAGAAGGGGGGUACCUUGAGGAUGUGCAUUGAUUAUAGAGGCCUCAAUGCCAUCACCGUGAAAAACGCAGAGCCUCUACCUUGCAUAGACGACCUAUUGGAUAGGGUGCAGGGAUGUAAGUACUAUAGUAAGAUAGACUUAAAAUCCGGCUACCAUCAUAUCGCAAUAAGACCUGAGGAUCAACACAACACUGCUUUUCUGACCAGAUACGGUCUGUAUGAGUUUGUAGUGAUGCCCUUUGGCAUUUGCAAUGCGCCGGGUACAUUCCAGCAUGCUAUGAAUAGGAUCUUCCAUGACCACUUAGAUAAGUUUGUCGUUGUCUAUCUCGACGAUAUUCUUAUCUUUAGUAAGUCUGUCGAGGAGCAUGCACARCACGUUGAGACUGUACYUUCACUYCUGCGACAACACAAGUAUAAGGUCAACCUAGAGAAAUGUGAGUUCGGACGCACUAAGAUCUUAUACUUGGGUCAUGAAGUAUCCGCGGAAGGUAUUAGGUCGGAAGAUGCGAAGGUGGCUAGUAUCAGGGACUGGCCUCGACCUCGGACUGUUACUGAGGUCAGAUCUUUCUUAGGAAUGUGCGGCUACUAUAGGAACUUUGUAAAGAACUAUUCUACAGUCGCCUCUCCUUUGACCGAUCUAACUCGACUUAACACGCCGUGGGACUGGAGUGAUGAGUGCGAGGCUGCUUUCAAACGAUUCAAGCAUGCACUCAUGAAUCAUGAGGUUCUCAUGGUGCCCGAUCCUCAGAAGCCUUUCAUCGUAACUACUGACGCAAGCCAAUACGGCAUUGGCGCAGUACUGGCUCAGCAGGAUGGGAAAAAGUUGAGACCGAUUGAGUAUAUGAGCAAAAAGAUGCCAUCAAAGAAACUGGCAAAGUCCACCUAUGAAAGGGAACUCUAUGCUCUUUACAAAGCACUUGUUCAUUGGAGACACUUCCUGUUGGGACGGUUUUUCUACUUGAGAACUGACCAUCAGACCCUCAAAUGGAUAAAGACUCAACCGACUCUUUCUGAUGCACUCAAGCGUUGGAUUGAGGUCAUAGAUCAGUAUGACUUCAAGCUAGAGUAUCUAAAGGGAGAGUACAACAAGGUUGCAGAUGCGCUGUCACGUAGAGCAGACUACCUAGGGGCGCUAGUUUCUGAGUUUGGUGUAUCUGAGGAACUAACUCAAUUGCUGGUGGGAGCCUAUCAGGAAGACCCUGUCACAAUGGACAUCAUAUGCAAACUUCAGGCGAAAGACAAGGCCACAAAAGAUGAGUUUGUGAUGGUGGACGGGCUUCUCUUUCUUGAUAAGGCCGGUUGUAAAAGAUUAGUGAUUCCAUCUAGUGAACGUUUGCGUAGUUUGUUUCUAGGAGAAUGUCAUGACGCAACCGGACACUUUGGUUACAAAAAAACGAGUGUCAAUCUAGUACAGCGAUUUUGGUGGCCUGGAAUGCUAGAUGACACAAAGAAGUAUGUAGAGAUCUGUCAAGUCUGUCAGCGGGACAAGCCGCGAACUCAAGCACCGCUUGGGUUGCUAAAGCCCUUGCCUAUCCCCGAUGGUGUUUCCGUGGACUUCAUGGACACCCUGGUGACUAGUAAGAGUGGCAAGAGGCACAUCUUUGUCGUCAUUGAUUGAUUCACCAAAUACGCUAGACUAAUUGCCAUGCCAGCGACCGCAAGGACUGACCACGUCAUCAAGUUGUUCAUGGACAACUGGAUGAGCGGCCUAGACUGGCUUGACCCCUCACGUCUUAGUUGCCAUGAGUGUGACCUGCUAGGCCUCACAAUGUAGGACCCCAAAAAGGGGGCGACCCGCGACCGCUUUGGUAGGAGGCUUAUCACCAUCGCAAAAGGUCAUACAUAAGCCCCCUCUUUGCCAUUGGACAUAGGUACCCACUAGGAGUAGCCCGAUGGCCUUUUUUGAAGGGAGGGGGGCGUCAAUCGGUAUCCCGUUAUGGGACCACAACGCACCAGACCCACAUGUCUUUUCAUACCAAACUGGAAAGGCGGAGGUCGUAGGUCGUAUAGUCAUGUUCUCGUACCGACUCUUGAGUUUAAAUGUAAUUAAUAUUUUCAAGUAAAGUGUUAUUACAAUG